AGAAAGAAAGAAAUAAGCGAAGGAAGGGAAAUAGGAAAGAGGAGGGAAAAAUAUGGAGGACGAUUUUUCCCGGAGAAGAAAAUUUCUAGCUUGGAGGAAGAGUGUAUCUGGCGGAAUUGGAGGCUAAGGUCGAAGCUGUUGGCCAGGCUCCUCGAGCCAGGGGUGGUUUCCCCGAACGCAGUGGGGAAGGGAGGAGCCAUCUUGCGGCUGGUUUCAGGGCAGCCACCAAUUGAUUCAUCCCCACCAGGGUGCCUAUUACCGGGAGGAAGGGGCGUCGAUUCAAUUCCAGGGCAAAAAAACCGUGCACGAGGCGGAGUUCGCCUCGUAAUCCAUCCGUCCCCAUUGGCCGGGAACGGAGUGGCACCCGUGAACCCGCUAUCCGGCCGGCCAAUCGGGUGCCUCUGGGUGGCGAUCCAAACCAGUUUCAAAUCCAUAGACAGAGGGGAGCCGUUGACUUCGCUCGGCAGCCAGAUAGUGCUGUGCCGUUGGCUCGUGCCGUAGUGGUCCUAAACACACUAACAGGUCCUUGCCAGGCCGAGGAAUCCCUGGAAUCGCGUUCGUCGCGCGAAUUGGCCGAAUUCGAACCACGCACCCUCCGAAACACCCCUUUUUUGGUGCCUCUAAUCUCGUCAGCUGAUCAGUGUUUUCGUGGCCGGCCAAUUACGUAACCCCAGGUGCGAUCGCAUUGCCCUAAAGGCGGUUGUCUUUAACAAGUGUCAUCCCUUUGACUCCAGUGAUUUUGUUUGACCUGUGCGAUUGUCGAGAUGAUCCUGUUUCACUUGGUGACUUUUACAAGUUCGGUGCGUUGAGGGAAGAUGGACAUUCGGGACGAGGAUUGGACAGGAUCUUAGACUGAUGGGGUUAUAGCCUGAUUUUUUUUUUUCAUAAAAUUGUUUUCAGUGACCGAGUGAUAAUUGUCGGGGAAAUUGUGACGGAGAAAGGGCCGAUGGAUUGUUGAGAUCGAUACAGAAAUAUCGACGAAAUUAUCGCUCGAAUAAAACUGACAGUUUCGACCGAGUUCGUUUCAUGGAGUUUAAAAUUGUUUUUGUGAAAUUUCUCGAGGACUUUGGUAGAGAAAAAGAACGAAUACGAGACUGAAGAGAUCGAGAUAAAAGAUAGGGGGGAAAGAGAGCGGAAAAUUUAUCGAAAUCCUUUCGCCGAAGGAAUCGUUUGAAAAAGCGAAAAAGACUGGUUACCAUAGAUAGACAGAAUUCUCUAAGCACGCUUUCCGACGGGUGUCGACUUGCCACAACCACGUUAACACAAUCCGCCUUUACAUCUCCGCCAACCAUUGAUUCCCUUUCAAAUAUGAACACCAUUCUAUCCGCGUAUCUCUAAAAAAUCUUUAAACUCCAUUUAUCCCAACGUCAAUUCUCUCUUAUAUAGUAAGAUGUAAACAAACGAAGCGACCACAACAGUCCAUAUCCAGACAAAAACUUAUCGACAUCGCACGUGUGCAACAAUAAUAUCUCGAGGCUUCGAGAGUUCCAAGAAAAACUUCGCAACACUCGUCAGCUCAUAUGAAGGAACCGCGGCUACCUCGCUCGUAGUGCGUCAUCGAGCUCGGAAGGAUAUAGAUGCAAAAUAAGUGAGAUCUCUCCAGCGGAGAGAGAAACAGUCGCCACGUUGGUACCAAACAUGGUCCUGGAGCCAGGAGGUGGUCUGUCCUUCCCACUGCCUCCUGGUAGCGGUUCCGCCGGUUCCGGUGGUUCCCUGCUGACACCGGCCAGGCUGUUCCAGAGGGCGACACCCGUGUUUCCGUUCCACCUGGCAGGAUGGCCACCCCAUCAUCCGGUCCUCGGCCAGGUACAAAGCCAGGUACAGCAGACGAUGCAGGCCCAGCAUCAGGCGGCGGCUGCCGCUGUCAGGUUCCUCAGUCAUCAUCAUCCUCAUCAUCCGCAUCCGGCACUGGGGAACCACCCCCUGGUGCCGGCGAUAACUAGCCACCAUCCGACCGCCCAUCAUCUUCAUCACGGUGCCGAUCAUGCCGACGAGGAUGACGAGAAGAAAGGUUGCGAUGGCGAAUCGGACGAAGGUGGGAGCAAGAGGCGAAGGAGCAGGACCAACUUCAAUAGCUGGCAACUGGAGGAAUUGGAACGGGCAUUUCUCUCGAGUCAUUAUCCCGAUGUGUUUAUGCGAGAAGCUCUGGCUGUGAGACUCGAGUUGAAAGAGAGCCGCGUAGCGGUAUGGUUCCAGAACAGAAGGGCAAAAUGGAGGAAGAAGGAGCACACGAAGAAGGGUCCAGGAAGGCCGGCGCACAACGCUCAUCCUCAAAGCUGUAGCGGCGAACCAAUUCCACCUGAAGAGUUGAGAAGGAAGGAGAGGGAAAGGCGGCAGAAGAAAUUGCUGAAAGCUCUUGAACGACAGCAGAGGAAAUUAGCUGCAAAGGGAAUCACCGUCGACCUCUCGACCCUCCGAGCCGAAUGGGAGUCCCGAAGCGCGGCAGCAUCCGGCGGAAACUCCCUGAACGGGAGCCUGGGAAGCUCUUUCAACCAUUUGAGCAACAACAACGAGAGCAGCAGCGUGUCGGGCUCUGGAAACGACGCGAACGAGGAGAUAGACGUUGUCGGUGGUUUGGAUUCUUGCAGCGAGAGCGGAAGCGAGAGGGUCGACUCGACCGCCGAUGGCUCCAUCGAUGGAGAGUGUUACUCGAGAUUGGGGAGCAGUGGCAACGAUCAGAACGAUCCUCGAAGAUCGGUGAACCAGGUAGCGGGAAGUCUUCAGAGUCCGAACUCGAGCCUGAACCUGGACCACUUGAAUCAUCAGCAGGGGAUCCAUCAUUGGGGCCUGACCUCCCUCCUCGAGAGAAGGAGAGAGUUGGUGAACAUGAACAGCGCGGGUGGGCCCCAACGUCAAACAACGAACAACCCAGGAAGAACAUCGGUCAGGCAACAGACCAGCGAGGAGGAGGUGCAGAGCAGUAGCAUAGACCUGUCCGUGAAGGGGAGGGAGGAGAGGAAGAGGCUCAACCCUUUCUCUAUCGAUAGUUUACUGGGUAACAACAGAACGAGCACCCCUGGUAUCCACAACGAAUACAGAGCCUCGACGCCCACACUGUCGAACGGCAGGGAGUCGAUCAGCCCGACGUCGCCGAUCUCGGUUCCAACCUCGCCGUCCACCACGUAGUGAGCCAGGAAUCCGUGUUUCCUCUGUUCGUACGGUGGCGAUUGAUUCCGAGUUACGGUGUUGGAACACAACGAAGAAGAGUACGGGCCAGUUUUUCGCGAGGACGCUUUAUUAAGGAACAUUAUCGAGAACAACGAGACGGAAGAUAGAAGAUUUGUCACAGUUUUAGGAUAGCAAUUGUGUAUUAUCUGUUCUAAAAGAAAAAAAAAAAAAGAAAAAAAAAGAAAACGGGAACGAGAGUUCCUGAUGGAGAUUAGGAAGAGUGAUACAAGAGGUUGGUGGGGGCGUGGAUUCGUUUCGUUUCUCUGGGGAAAACGGGAUUUUGUUUUGACUCCGAUCGAUCAAGUUUGAAGAUGUUUGAAAGUUGAGAAACGAUGAGUUUCUUUCUGCAACGGUGAAACGGUGAUUCGAUCGACGAGAGUUUGAGUCUUCUCUAUCGAGACGCGAGGAGAAAGGAAAGCUUAUAUCAGUUUCGACAUAUCUGCAUCGAGUGCGUGAGUGACGUUGAGACUGCGUGUCACUGCGUGGUUCUGACUUUCUUCUUUUGUCCUGCGUGUUCGAGUGUGGAGAUCGAGACGAGAAUGUGCAAUAAAACACACGGAUGAAUCGUUCUUUUCUUCCCUCUCUUCUUCAAGUGUUACGUGUAGGGAGAGAGAGAAAGAGAGAGAGAGAAAGAGAGAGAGAAAGAGUUACUACGUUAAGUAAGGAUGCGUGUGCGAGAGAAAGAGAGAGAGAGAGAGAGAGAGACUGCGCGUGUAUUUAAUGUAAAUAGCUCGAAAGUAUAGACGAUUCCGUUUUAUUUAAAUCUGAUUCGUAGCCGAAAACCCCUCCCAGUGUUCGUCUGAUUCGCGGAUAUUAUUUAAAAAAAGCAAUAGAGAGAUUUUUGCCUGGCACGCGUGUAUAUAUAACAAUAGGAGAUUAAAGUCGAAAGUUUUAGACAUUGCGUGGAGGGAUGCCGAUGAGAAAAUAAAGAAGCGGUACAAAGCUGAAUUACGGGAUAUAUAUAUCUCCUCUUCUUCUUUUUUUAUGCGUCGUGCAAGAGUGCAUUUUGUGAGAAAGGGAGAGAAAGAGAGAAGGACAGAGAUGUCGAAGAUCGAUAAGAAGAGUGAAGAGGAGAAGAGAGAGAGAGAGAGAGAAAGAAAGAAAGAGAGAAUGAGAGAGAGAGAGAGAGAGAGAGAGAGAGAGGAGAUGUUAUGAGAUGCCAUAAAAUUUGGGAUGCGAGACAGUAUCUACCGUAUAUUCAUUUCAAAUAUAUUAAUUUAUUCUCAACACUA